GUCCACGCUGAGGCUGGCGUGCGAUGUCGAGUCGGCGCUACCGCCGAUACUCGCCCAGAAGCAGCAGCGACCGCGGCGCCACCGUCCGCACCGCCAACGACUAUGGCUCCAUCAAGGAGGACGGCCGCGGCAUCCUGCAGGAGGAUGAAGACGACUCGGACGGCACCACCGGCCAGGACGUGGCCGUGCACGUGGACGAUGACGACGGCGAGGACCGCGCCGUGCCCGCCGAGAACGGCCCCCACACCGUCGGGGACGCCGCCGCCACCAUCAACACCGCCAACAACGUCGCCAACGCGCACCUCUCGGGGCGCGCCGCCCCCAACCCGGCCACCUGCUUCCACGACGGCCGCCGCAAGAUCGACUUCGUGCUGGUGUACGAGGAGGCCGGGGAGGGCGGGCUGCUGCGCUCCGAGAACACGCGCUCCGCCAAGCACGAGGUGUGGCGCCAGCGCUUCCUGGACAACCUGCGCCGCGUGGGGCUGGAGAUGGAGGAGGAGGUGGUGGAAAGCGACAACAAGAAGCUGGUGCACUUCCUGAAGCUGCACGCCACCUGGCCCGUCAUGUGCCACUACGCCGAGGAGCUCAGCAUGCGCGCGCCGCUGCAGGUUCGCUCGUACAGUGAGGCCCAGCCCAACCCGGCCGAGAACUGGUCCGCGUACGUGCUGUCCGUGCUGCGGCUGCCCAACAUCAUGGCGGAGGACGUCCCCGGCAAGCCGCUCGACUUCUACACCUGCCCGUUCCGGCGGUCCAAGAUUGACAGAUUCCUGGGCAGCGAGAACCAGCAGACGUACUUCUCGAGCGUGCAGCGGUCGCGCGUGCUCUACGAGAUCCUGUCCACGGCCAUGUUCGGCAAGAAGAAGAAGGGCGAAGUGGGCAUUGACCGGCUGGUGGAGGAGGGCGUCUUCUCCACCGCCUUCUCGCUGCACGACGGUCCGUACAACAUGCCAACGUCGUCCGGCGGCCCCGCCAACGCCGCCAUGAACCCGCGGCAGAUCCUCUACGACUACUGGGCGCGCUGGGGCAAGUGGUACAAGUACCAGCCGCUGGACCACAUCCGCGAGUACUUCGGCGAGAAGAUCGCCAUCUACUUCGCUUGGCUGGGCUUCUACACGGGCUGGCUGCUCCCCGCCGCGCUCGUCGGCGUCCUCGUCUUCCUGUACGGCCUGUUCACCAUCAACGACAACCCGCUGGCCAACCAGGUGUGCCGGUCCGGCGGCUCCUUCAAGAUGUGCCCGCUGUGCGACGAGAAGAUCGGCUGCAACUACUGGGACCUGAGCGACGUGUGCGGCUACGCCCGCCUCGCCUACCUGUUCGACCACCCGGGCACCGUCUUCUACGCCAUCUUCAUCUCCCUCUGGGCGGUCACGUUCCUGGAGUACUGGAAGCGGAAGUGCGCGUCGCUGGCCCACCACUGGGACUGCACGGGCUUCCAGGAGGAGGAGGAGCGGCCGCGGCCCGAGUUCGCCGCCAGGGCGCCCUUCCUGGAGCGGAACCCGGUGACGGGCGUCCGGGAGCCGUCCUUUCCCGCCUCGCUCCGGCACAAGCGGGUGGCCGCCGGCAUCGGCAUCAUCUUCCUCAUGAUGUCGCUGGUCAUCAUCUUUAUCGUCGCCGUCAUCAUCUACCGCGUCCUGGUGUCCAUCCCGCUCUUCCAGAACGCCACCUUCCGGUCCCAGGCCCAGAGCAUCGCCAACCUGACCGGGGCCGUCGUCAACUUGGUGCUCAUCAUGGCCAUGAGCAGGGUGUACGAGAAGCUGGCCUUCAGGCUCACUUCGUGGGAAAUGCACCGCACUCAAACCGAGUUCGACGACAACCUCACCUUCAAAGUGUUCAUCUUCCAAUUUGUAAAUUUCUACUCGUCCAUUUUCUACAUCGCCUUCUUCAAGGGUCGCUUCGUCGGCUACCCGGGGAACUACACCCUCAUCCUCCGUCUGAGAAACGAAGACUGCAGUGCGGGCGGCUGCCUGAUCGAGCUGGCCCAGCAGCUGGCCGUCAUCAUGAUCGGCAAGCAGAUGAUCAACAACGCGCAGGAGCUGCUGGUGCCCAAGCUGAAGGCGUGGUGGCAGAAGCAGCAGGUGAAGCUACCGCGGCGUGGCGUCAAGUCCCGCUGGGAGGAAGACUACCAGCUCAUCGACAGCGAAGGCCUCUUCCAGGAGUAUCUCGAGAUGGUGCUGCAGUUCGGCUUCAUCACCAUCUUCGUGGCGGCGUUCCCGCUGGCGCCGCUCUUCGCGCUGCUCAACAACUGGGUGGAGAUCCGGCUGGACGCGCACAAGCUGGUCUGCGAGACGCGGCGCCCCGUGGCGGAGCGCGCCGAGAACAUCGGCAUCUGGUUCAAGAUCCUGCACAUGCUGGCCCACCUGGCCGUCAUCAGCAACGGCUUCCUCAUCGCGUUCACGUCCGAGUUCCUACCGAAGCUGCUCUACCAGUACGAGUACCACUGGAACCUGGACGGCUACGUCAACUUCACGCUGUCCUACUCGCCGGAGGGCACGCUGCAGCAGCAGUGCCGCUACCGGGGCAUGCGCGACCCCACUGGCAAACACACGCCCUUCUUCUGGCGCCUGCUCGCCGUCAGGUUCGCCUUCGUCAUCAUUUUCGAGCACGUCGUGUUCGGCAUCUGCCGCCUGAUCGACAUCCUGGUGCCGGACAUCCCCGAGAGCCUGGAGCUCAAGAUCAAGCGGGAGCGGUACCUCGCCAAGCAGGCGCUGCAGGACUCGGACACCAUCCUGCAGGUGGCCGCGAACCACGCCGAGGAGCAGGAGGACGCGACGACGGCGUUCGGCGGCAUGGUGCUGGACUUGACGUCCGAGCUGGGCGGGCUGAUGCCGCCCCUCAUCAUCGCCGCGCCGUCCAGCGCCGACCUGGCCCGGGCGGCGCAGGAGGCCUUGGCGGGGCCCUCCGUGCUGCAGGACCUGCUGUCGCCGUCGUCCGUCCUGUCGUCCGCCUCGCCGUCGGCCAGGUCCCCCGCGCCGACGGCACCAGAGCCGCCGCAGAAGAAGGUCGCGCGGCGGCACGAGACGUCGGUGCGCGCACGGCCUCGGCCGCGUCCUCGCACCGUCGCGGACUCGGACCAGGUGCUGACUUCCCCCAACGGCCUGGGCGCGCCGCCACGGCACUCCAUGUCCGCCACGGCCAUCAGCGGCAGGCAGAAGGCCUCGGCCGAGAACAGCGGCGCCAACACGGCCUCGGCCUCCACCUCGCGGUCGCCGCAGUCCGCCACGGAGUGCUCGCUGUUCGACUACGCCGCGCUCCGGGACCAGCACGACGACGCGGCCACGCUGUCCAGCAUGAGCGGCGACGAGGGCGAGGACGAGGCCACGGACCUGAGCGUGACGCGGCGCCGCGCCAGGAUCACGCUGCCGCCGCGCGAGCAGAGCUUCUCCGUGACGUCGGGCAUGGACAUGGCGCUGGCCGACGAGGCGAGCGCGGCGCUGCGGCACGGCGGCGCGCGCUGCGACAUCGACAGGGUGGGCGCCGCGUCGCGCGAGGAGACCACCUUCCCCACGCGCAGCCCCACCGGGACGCCGACGACCCCCACCGCGCCGCCGUCCGAGGGCCAGUCCCUGUCCAGCGACUCCCUGGAGCGGCACGCACUCUCCAGGAGGAGCUCCGGGCUGUCCGGGUCCGGGUCCGCGUCCGGGUCCGCGUCCGGCCCGGCGCAGAUCUCGCAGGCCUCCACCAACGCCGACGACGAGGACGACGCCACGUGGUCGUCGGCCGCCUGCUGGGCCGCGGACGCCGAGGAAGACAGCGCCACUCCCGUGCCGUCGCCGGUCCUGCGCCGCAGCUCCAGCGGGUCCAGCACGGAGCACUCCGACCGCGUGGGCUUCCGGCUGGCGUCCGGGGCCUCGCCGCCGCCCUCCACGGCGGGCGGGCGCGACCCCAGGCAGCUGAUGAUAGGAUAUAAAACGAAGAGUGACGACCUCUGUGAUAAAAAAUGCCUGGGUCGUGUCUUCCAAAGAUUUCUAAAUGCCUUGCCUCUAGACUUAACAUAA